AUGAUCGUCAAACAAGUCACAAUUAUUUUAACUCUCUUUUUAUUAUUGAGAGGAAGUUUCGCUGAAAUAAAUCCAAAUGAACAAGCAAAUGCUGCUAUGGAUGUGAUUGCUCGAGCUAUUCCCGACCAAUUUAAUCAUUUUCGUGUUUCUGUCGACUUUUCUUUGCCAAAAAACUUUUAUGAGAUUUCCGUCUGUGAUGAUGUUCAAAUAAAAGCCUCAUCUGGCGUCGCUGCAGUUCGUGGCUUUUACGAUUAUCUCCGUAAAUUCCACAAAACUCAAGUAGCUUGGGAAGGAAAUCAGCUAGAUUUUAAUUUUAUCAGCGGAGAUUGUCACAAAUUCAACAAAACGUCUGAUAGUGAAGUCAUUUAUUUUCAAAAUGUUUGCACUUUUGGCUACAGUUACGCUUGGUACACCUUCGAGGAUUGGCGCAAACAUAUCGAUUGGAUCGCAAUGCACGGAAUAAAUUUAGUUCUUGCGCCAUUUCAGGAGGAUGUGUGGCACGAAUUGUACCAAAAAUGGGGAAUGACAGACGAGGAAAUUGGGGAACAUUUUGCUGGACCAACUUUUUUCCCGUGGCAGCGAAUGGGAAACUUUCGUGGCUUCGGAGGACCUUUUUCUGAGCAUUUUAUGCGGUAUUCGUCGCGAUUGCAGCAAAUAGUUAUUCACGAAUACCGGAAAUUGGGCAUAAAAUUUGCUUUGCCAUCGUUUGCGGGACAUGUCCCGAUCGCGUUUAAGCGAAUUUUUCCUCAAACGAAGUUUCAAGAAACGAGUCGUUGGAUGAAUUUUCCGAAAAAGUUUUGUUGUCCUUUAUAUUUGGAUCCAACAGACGAACUUUUUCACAAAAUUGGAACGGAAUUUCUCACAAAAAUGAUCGAAAAAUAUAAUUCAAGUCACAUUUACUUCGCUGAUCCCUUUAACGAACUCAAACCUCCUUCAAACGAACCUUCGUACCUCAAAAAUGUAUCAACGGCAAUUUAUAAUGUCAUGUCAGCAGUCGAUCCGGAAGCCACGUGGCUCUUGCAAGGAUGGAUGUUUCAUAACGCCAAAGAUUUUUGGAAAGAGCGUCAAAUGAAAGCUUUUUUAACCGCCAUCCCCUUGGGUAAAAUGCUCGUUUUGGACUUACAUUCGGAUCAAUUUCCUCAAUAUGAAAAAACGAAAUCCUUCUAUGGUCAACCCUUUAUUUGGUGCAAUUUACACAAUUUUGGCGGAAAUCAUGGAAAUUUCGGAAGUGCUCCAUUAGUUGCAUCGAGAGCAAAAGCAGCUUUUAACAAUGAAAGUUUGUCCAUGAUCGGAGUCGGCAUCACUCCUGAAGGAAUAAACCAGAAUCACGUCGUUUAUGAGUUCACAAUGGAUGUUGCGUGGCAAGGAAAGGAGGGUUUUGACACGAAAAAAUGGUUUAAGGACUACGGGAAGAAUCGUUAUGGGAAAAUUUGGAGAGAUGAUGAAAGAGCGUGGGAAACGUUGCAUGACAGUGUCUAUAAUUAUAACGGAUUGAAGCAUAUUGGAGGCACAGAUGUAGCUUUGGUCUCGGAUUCACCAAGUUUGGGACUUGAACCGUGGAGCUUUUUCCAUCCCAACAAAGUCCGCACAGUCGUUCACGAGCUCCUCUCGUACCGUCAUCGCAACAUGAGCAAAUUAUACGAGUACGACGUCGUUGAUUUCACUCGUCAGUACUUGCAGAAUAUGAUUGAUUUGCAAUAUAUCGCUAUAAUUGAUGGUUACCGCAACAAAUCAGUUAGCGCCGUGAAACGUCAUUCGCAUUUGUUUCUUCACAUGGUCCGAAAUAUGAAUCGUAUCUUACGCACAAACGAAAAUUUCCUGCUCGGAAAGUGGAUAAAAGCUGCUCGUUUCUUGGGAUCGACUGAAAAAGAGAAAAACUUGUUUGAAUUUAAUGCACGGAAUCAAGUGACACUUUGGGGACCCAAUGGCGAGAUCAGUAAUUACGGAAUUAAACAAUGGUCUGGGUUAGUUAAGGACUACAUGUAUCCCCGAUGGCGCUAUUUUCUGAAAGUUUUGAUAAAAACGAUGGAAAUGGGCGAAAUUUUCGAUGAAGAGUACGUUUUGGAUUGCAUCCGAAGAGAAAUUGAGUUGCCAUUCGGUAAUAGCACGAAAAAAUAUGAAACGGAGACUUAUGGAUUGAGUACAGAUGUUGCCCGUAAAAUUUUGUUUCAGUACAAAAAUGUUCAUAUCGACCCAAAAUGGCUUGAAAAAUACUUGAAUCCAUGAAAAAAUUAAUUUUCAACUUUAUUUUUGUCCUUUUCGUGUUUCUUUGUGUGUUGCAGUAACUCGCUACAUGUCACAAAGGCCUUCUCACAGCCCUCAUUUUUGCAUUUGUAUCGUUUUUCAUUCAAAUGACUCCGUUUGUGGUUCAACAAAUUAUGCGAAUACAGAAAUUUCUUUGGGCAAAGGUCACAUUCG